CGGAGGCUAUCGGCAAAUGGUCACACCCUUUGGAUGGAAGGAUUGAUUGAGGGACACACUACCGAUAAACAACAAUUUCACCGGUGACAAUUCACGGCAUUUUCAACCCAAGAAAUUUCUCAUGUUUUGGAUGCCACGGGGUAACGAUUAACCCCCGGGCCUGAUAAGGGUCAGACAGGAUAGGGAGAUAGCUCGGCCUGAAUUAAAGUAAGGCUAAGUUGAAAUGAAAAUGGCGUGCUGUCUUAGCGAAGAAGCGAAAGAGCAAAAACGAAUUAAUCAAGAAAUAGAAAAACAACUACGGAAAGAUAAAAGAGAUGCAAGGAGGGAAUUAAAACUUUUAUUAUUGGGUACAGGAGAAAGUGGUAAAAGUACAUUUAUAAAACAGAUGAGAAUUAUCCACGGAGCAGGUUACUCUGAUGAUGACAAACGAGGGUUCAUUAAAAUUGUCUACCAAAAUAUCUUCAUGGCCAUGCAUGCCAUGAUCAGGGCUAUGGACACGCUCAAAAUAGCUUACCACAAUCCUGACAAUGAGAUAAAUAUGCGUAUUAUUACAGAUAAAAAACUGACACAGGAGAAUGGAAGCAUGAUCAGACAAGUGGACUAUGAGACCGUGACAACAUUUGACCAGCAAUUCGUUGAUGCCAUAAAGCUUUUAUGGUGUGAUAGUGGUAUACAAGAGUGCUAUGAUAGAAGGAGAGAAUACCAGCUCACAGACUCAGCCAAGUAUUACUUGGACGAUGUAGACAGAUUAACUCAACCAAAUUAUCUACCCACGUUACAAGAUAUUUUACGUGUCAGAGUUCCCACUACAGGGAUUAUAGAAUACCCUUUUGAUCUUGAUAGUAUCAUAUUUCGAAUGGUUGAUGUAGGGGGCCAGAGGUCAGAAAGACGUAAAUGGAUCCAUUGUUUUGAAAAUGUAACGUCCAUCAUGUUCCUAGUCGCCUUAAGUGAAUAUGACCAAGUCUUAGUUGAAUCUGAUAAUGAAAAUCGUAUGGAGGAAUCUAAAGCAUUGUUUAGGACCAUUAUCACAUACCCAUGGUUCCAGAACUCCUCAGUAAUCCUCUUUCUCAACAAGAAAGAUCUCCUAGAAGAGAAAAUUAUGCUAUCACAUUUGGUAGAUUACUUUCCUGAAUUUGAUGGUGCAAAGAAGGAUGCACAGGCAGCACGAGAGUUUAUUUUAAGGAUGUUUGUCGAUUUAAAUCCUGACCCAGACAAGAUCAUAUAUUCUCAUUUUACAUGUGCAACAGAUACAGAAAAUAUUAGGUUCGUAUUUGCAGCCGUGAAGGAUACGAUUCUGCAACUGAAUUUAAAGGAAUAUAAUUUAGUGUGAGAAGACAAGUCAGACCAAUACGUUGUUCCAUGAAAACGUGAAAAAGUGGCCUUGGUCAGAAAUAAACUAUACUUUAUAUGACAGCUAGUAUGUUUAUAUGUGUUGUCAUGGAGAUGCAUUUGUUGUCAUUGGCAACCAUCAUCAUCACUUAGCAACUAAAUAUGUCGAACAUCUUGCUGAACGUCCCAAAUAUGUUGUGUUUCUUUGUGGAACGGCGGAAAGAAAGUGAAAAAGGGAGAUAACUGCUAACUCUAUUUUGUUAUUUUUCUGGACGACGGCAAAUGUCAUGAGAGAUCGUUGCCGAUGGCGAAACCAUGGUUACCCAGGAUCAGAAAUCGGUCUUUCUCUUGUCAGAUUUUUUUGUGACUUGGGUUAAGAGAAAGAUGAGAAGCGUAUAUGGACCUUUUUUCUAACACUAUAUUAUUAUAAUAAUGGUAAACCUGUUAAAAGUAGAUAAAUGUCUGAACACAACAUGGUCCUCCUGGGUGAUAAAAGUUUUGUCCACAAUUUCCUGGUUUUUAUUGAGAACAAAUAUUCAUUUCAUUGGGAUACAGGUGUUGUCAUUUUAUGAAUUUACAAGGCAAAAUUUUGCCAAAAAUUUCCCGAUUUCCAGUUGCAAACAAAGAAGAGAUUUUCAUACACGGAAUUGCUUUUUUUCUAACAUCGGUUGUCAGAUGGUGAAUCUUUUCUACUGGUUAGAAUUUAACAUCUAAUGUUUCCAUUAGUGCUACUAAGCACUUUGAUUUAAACUGGUUGAAGUUAACUUUCUUUCAAGUGCUUAUUUUUAUACGUUUUUCUCUUAAAAGAACCUUUCAGAGUGUUCAAUAUACUUUAUAUCAUUGUAUUCACAAUUAUUCAAUUGAGCAAUAUAUAUUUUUGAAGGUCUGUCAGAUCUGAAAUAUUAGUGCAUAGAAGACUUAUUACACAUUAUUUAUUCUUUCUAACCUUGUACUCAUAUUUCCUUCAAUUGCUGACUCAAUUUUUCUCAUUUUUAUCCAUGAAAUAUUUUUUGUCAUGAUCCUGGUUUUAAUAGUUUUCAAAAUGUGAAAGAUUUAGAAAUCCUUUUUUUUGUAAUAACUAUUUAGCUUACCAUUUUUCAAAAAAAAAAUACAGCUGUAUAUAUAGCUUUACAGGCAAGUUCUUCAAAUAAAAUUAUUGGGAAAAAUAGUUGUUCCUGAAGGUCAGGAAUGAAAAAUAAUUUAUAUUAUCAGAAUCGUAUUCUCAGUGUGACAGCAAAACCCAAACAAUUUAGUAAGUUGUAAAAAGGGUUACAUUGCUUUGCCGAUUUGAUUUCCUCCCUGAUUUUUUUAUCAAGAUGUAAGAUUUUUUAUUUUAUUUUUUAUGAAAGACGUAAUGUUUCUAAAAUGACAUGACUUCACCAAUUAUAACCAUUGAUUACAUCAGGGCCUACAUGUACUUGCUAUAAAUGUUAUGCAGGAGGUUUAUAUUUUCUUGAUGACAUUCAUAAUAAUUUAUUCUACACAUUCAACAAUGUUUAAAUGUAGCUUUUUUACAUUUUGAUUUUUUCACAUUAAAGCGAUAUCUCCCUGAGGGUGAUAUCACCCAGAAAGUGAAAGGGCAACAUUACUUUUAUCACUUGGUGACCUCCAUGUGUUAGUUCAGAUGUUCUGUGGUGAAUGUAGACUCUAUUUAUUCUGUAUCAGUCUGAUAGGAAUUCCUUUGUUUUCUAUGAGUGUGUAUGGCUGUGUCUGUGUGUCAGGGGAAUUCCCUACUUUCAUUUUGUAUUGUGCUAUUUUUAGAAUGGUCAAUUAAUUUCAACCAAUGGGUUUUUUUUUCGUUAUAAUCAUUUUGCAGUUAGAAUCAGGUUUCUGUAAUACAGUAUCAGAUCACAGGCUUCAUGUAAUUGUAACAUUUGGGGUUUCGCUGCAUUUUUGUGCUAUUUUUAGACUGGUUUGACAUUAAUCUGUAUAUGUUGGGCAUUUUGCUUUGAAAAAGACAAAAUCUACCUUUACAUGGAAAAGAUUUUGAAGUUUUUGUUUAUUACCUUUGAUGUUGAAGCCUGGUUCCAUAUGUAUAUAUGUCAGCUAGUUUUGUAUUUUUAAUAGUGAAUCUUGAGGAAGAAUUGAUGUAAUAUUAAUUUUUGUGCAAUCAUGAUGAACACACUCAAAUCUUUUCUUGUUAGGAACUGUCUCAAAAUGUGACAUUUUUUUUCAAAUGAAUAUCCAUUUUAUUUGGCUUUGACCACCCAUCCUAAUCUUCAAAAUAUACAGAGCUGUUGUAACAUACAAAAACUCGCCCACCAACCAACCAAAUAUUAUGAUAUUAUUCGGUUAGAAAAAAAACUGCUUCAUUUUGAACAGUCCCCGAAAAUCCUUCAUACAAUUUGUGUAGAUGAGCACUUAACACCAUCGAAAAGUUGUUUUAUUCAAGCAAACCCAUGGUAGAUUUAUUUGUAUGUCUUUUAAGGAUGUUCACUUCUCUUGUUUUUGACUUUUUGUCAAAUAUUUAGAAUUUUCUAGUUUUAUCCAUGUAGUGGCAGCACAAAUUUUGCCUGCUUACCCCUGUUUUUCUUUUCAUAAUUUCCUUUACAUAAAGUUUAAAAGGGCCAAUUUUGAAAAUCGUAUAAAAUACUUGUUAUUUUUUCUUAGUUUUAGAAAGAAAAAAGAUUACAAUGUUAAAUGUAUGAAGAGACAUUUUCCGCCAAAAUUGAUUAUAUCUCAGAAACAAGGACAUGGACCUUUCAUUUCUUUCUGCUUCUUAAGUUCUGUUAUUAACAUACUAUUGGUUUACUUUUAUAAAUUUUGACUUGGAUGGAGAGUUGUCUCAUUGGCACUCAUACCACAUCUUCUUAUAUCUAUCAAUUUAUAAUAGUCUUUUUAAAAGCUUGUUAUUUUGAAACAGAGGAGCGAACAUCGGUAAACACAAUUUUGACCAAAUUCUUUUUCUUGCCAUAUGAACAGGGUCUUUUGAGUGCAAUACGUCAAGUGAUAUUACUUAACAGUGCUAGUUAGUGUUGCAUUCAAUUUGAAGCCUUCCACUCUUUUUAUCUUUGAAAAUCAGAAUUUUUCUGGUUGAAUUAGAUUUGUGAACAGUUUUAAAAACAAAUUUUGGUUUCCAGAUGUUUUGUUAACAAGUGACUGUAGUCAGUAGAUGCCUGCAUAUUUUUCAGUAAUUUGCAAAUGAUUUUCUACGCAAUCAUCAGUGAAGUAAAUAAAAUAGUUCUUUGUCUCGGAUCCUCGAAAAUUGAUGCAGCAACCAGCAAUUCUUUUUCAAAAAGGUCAAUUUACUAUAGCAAGGAAUUUAAGUCAUUAUGAAAACAACCUUGUUAACUUUGGUAACAAGCUGACAUAACCAUGGUAACAUACAUAUGAUGUAAGAAUGAUCGAAUGAAUGAUUUUUAGACGUUUUCUGUGAGACUUCAGUUCAUAGAUAUAUUUUGUUGGUAGUGCAUGUGUGAAAAAGGAGAAAAAAACCUUUCAACCAGACUUUUAUAUGUAAUGUAUUUAUCUAAUGGCAUGGAAGACACUGGUCAAAACUGUUGUCUCAAAUGUUCAUUCUCACAAUCCUAAAUUCAAAAUGGCCUCCACUGAAGACUUGAAAGAUCUAAAGUCCAAAGUUUAUAUAGAAAUGUUGGCACUGUUCAAUAUUUGCAUUUCUGAUAACUAGAAAUAUCUUCCCAUAAUCCAAGGUUCAAGAUGGCGCCAACAUGACCACUCAUUUUUGAAAUA